GAAUGAGCCAAGUCUGAGAAAACCUGGGACGUGUCGCCCAUUGCGUAACAGGGCCGCCACUCCCGCCCUUUCUUUUGCUUUCUAUGGGCCAAAUCGUUACCGUCAUAUUCGUCCUGCAUAUUUUUUUCCCUCCACUCACACAUCCCACAGCUUCUUUAUAACAUCCCAUGAUCCCAUUCCAAUUCAAUCCCUGACCACACCCUCUGCCUCUUUCUGCGAUUAGAUCCCAUCUCCAUUUUUGUUUCUCCUUGUACACGCGCAUUUUCUUUCUAUAACAUCCCCUUCUUUCUUCUCUACGUCGGAGCUCUAAUCCAACUCGCCAAUGGCCGCUGCCACCGAUAAGAUCACUCCCCUCAAGUCUGCUGUUGCUGGACUCAAUCAAAUCAGUGAGAGUGAGAAAAAUGGAUUCAUUAGCCUUGUCUCUCGAUAUCUCAGUGGGGAAGCGCAACAGGUGGAAUGGAGCAAGAUUCAAACACCUACGGAUGAAGUAGUGGUUCCUUAUGAUAGCUUAGCGCCUAUUCCAGAUGAUCCAGCUGAAACUAAGAAGCUUUUGGACAAACUCGUUGUUCUGAAGCUUAAUGGAGGAUUGGGGACAACAAUGGGCUGCACUGGACCCAAGUCUGUCAUUGAAGUUCGUAAUGGAUUGACAUUCCUCGACCUUAUAGUCAUCCAGAUUGAGAAUCUCAAUUCCAAAUAUGGGUGCAACGUCCCCUUGCUUCUAAUGAACUCCUUCAACACUCAUGAAGAUACACAGAAGAUAAUUGAGAAGUACUCGAAAUCAAAAGUUGAGAUUCAUACUUUUAAUCAGAGCCAGUAUCCUCGUCUGGUUGUUGAAGAUUUUACUCCACUGCCAAGUAAAGGGCAGACUGGCAAGGAUGGAUGGUAUCCUCCUGGACAUGGUGAUGUGUUUCCAUCAUUGAAGAACAGUGGCAAGCUUGAUUCUCUGUUAUUACAGGGCAAGGAGUAUGUGUUUGUUGCCAACUCGGAUAACCUUGGUGCCAUCGUUGAUUUGAAAAUCUUAAACCAUCUGCUAAAAAACAAGAAUGAAUACUGCAUGGAGGUGACACCCAAAACACUGGCUGAUGUAAAGGGUGGUACUCUCAUCUCUUACGAAGGGAAGGUGCAGUUAUUGGAGAUUGCACAAGUGGCUGAUGAGCAUGUCAGUGAAUUCAAGUCAAUAGAGAAGUUCAAAAUUUUCAAUACAAACAAUCUGUGGGUGAGCUUGUCAGCUAUUAAAAGGCUUGUAGAGGCUGAUGCAUUGAAGAUGGAAAUAAUUCCUAACCCAAAGGAAGUAGAUGGAGUCAAGGUUCUCCAGCUAGAAACUGCUGCUGGUGCAGCUAUUAGGUUCUUUGACCAUGCAAUUGGUAUAAAUGUUCCUCGAUCUCGAUUCCUGCCAGUGAAAGCAACUUCAGAUUUGCUUCUUGUCCAGUCUGAUCUUUACACAUUGGAGGAUGGCUACGUUAUCAGAAAUAAAGCUAGACAAAAUCCUGCAAAUCCUUCCAUUGAACUGGGUCCAGAAUUUAAGAAGGUUGCCAACUUCUUGGGCCGAUUUAAGUCAAUCCCUAGUAUCAUUGAGCUCGAUACCCUUAAGGUGACUGGUGAUGUAUGGUUUGGUAUUGGCGUCACUCUCAAGGGCAAAGUCAACAUCACAGCAAAAGCUGGUGUGAAAUUGGAAAUACCUGAUAAAGCUGUAAUUGAGAACAAGGAUAUUAAUGGCCCUGAAGACCUCUAAGAAAGUGACUUGGCUCAGAGCGUUGGAGAAUUGGAGGCUCUUUGAGGAGCCCUUUCUCCAUCUUAGAAUGCCCCAUGUAUUUGGAUAGGUGAAUAAGGGAGUUGCAUAUUUUGCUGUGCGUCUGAAUUUGGAAUAUGUCUGGCUAUUGUGGACCUCUUUUUGUUCAUAAAAUUCCUUGAUAAAAGGGUAUAAAGCUACUACUUUUAGAGUAUAAUUUGGAAAGUUGAGCCCCAAUCUCCGGCACAGCUAUCCUUCAGUUUUCUCAAAAUGUGCCAAGAUUGGCGAGAAUGAUGACUUUUGAAUUUAUUGCUUGAAUUCCAUUGAAGUAGUUUCCAACGUAA